AUGGUUGUUGAAGAGCAAACCGAUCCUGUUCACAAUCCUCAGAGUAGGAUGUAUAUUCUGCGUAUAACACUUACUGUGCUAUUCAUUCUUGUGACUCCUUGUAUAACACGGGCACAAUUUGAGAGCACCUACGAUAAUGGAGAUGAAGAUCAUUUGCAUGCAGAAGGUCAGGGCCAUCCAGGAACCGAAAAUCAUCCGGUACGCGGGCGUCAUGCAGACGAUAGCGUUGAACGUGCUGCAGACAGCUCGGAAAUCUCAAUAAGCAAUGAAAAAUCACAGCAAACCUCCGCCGAUGAGGAUCAAGGCGGAAGCAGAGGGGACAGCACUGGCCAUACUACUAUAGCGCGCUACGUCCAGACUGAUGGAGUGUAA